UUUUGAAAUCUUCAUCCAAAUCUGUCAACGGUUUUUCUUCCUGGCCUCGGAAAUCGAGUAGGGGGUACUAUUGGAGGAGUUGAAAAAUCUGUUGGCCUUUAUAAAAAAAUAGUUCAAGAAUCUUCCUAGAGUGACAAAAAUCAAGCGGUAAAUAUUUAUUCACGUGUAAAAAACCUACUAUAAUAUAUCUUGACCUCUGACAAAGACGCGAUAUUGGCUUUUGUUGGCAAAAGAACAGCUGAAUAUUUUGUUUGUAUUAGGGCAUGCUGGCGAUUUAAAUGACUAUAAACUAGCCGUUUGCUUGUUGCUGUUAUCGUCGCAAAAUCUCACGAACUACUUUAAAAGCCUGAAUUCAAUAUCCCUUCAAAGGUGGUCAAAGCGUCGAUUGUUUCAUUCGAUAUAUUUUCGCCCUUCAUAGUGGCGUGUCACUACGAAGUCAUCCAGCAAUAUCCGCAACACUUUAAAAGAGUUAUUCGAGUGUGAUGGAAGCUGGGUUACUGUACUUAUAAUAUGGAGACAAAAAAUGAGUACCAAACAUGGAACUAAAGUGUUUCGUGUCCUUACUGAUGGCGACGAUCGAUUUGGCUUCACUCUGAUCGGUCAAUAUCCUUGUCAACUUGUGAAAAUUCAACAUGGCAGCCCAGCGGAAAAAGCAGGUAUUCGAGAGGGCGAUGAACUUAUUGAAGUGAAUGGAGUCAAUGUUGAAGAUUUAAAACAUAAUUGUGUAGCGACUUUUAUUACACCCGGUAGCGACGGAGUCACUGAGCUAAGAAUUCGUAGACUUUUAGGGGCCAAAACUUUGAAAUCGGGUCAUAAUGUUCACAGGUCUGUAUCCGAAGACUUGCGUACAAGGAAUUGCAACGAUUUGUCGCAUGCCGUCGAUCGCAUAGUCGAAGGUUUAAAGGAACCGGACGUUCAGACAUCAACAAAGCAGAAAGGUCCCGACCUGACUGUAUUACAUGGCUACGAUGUUGCAAGUGAUGAAGACUUAAAAGCGAACUUUUCGCCGGUCAGAACAAGCACAAAUACCAUUCUGACUGCCGAUAUUUCAUCACCUAUAACACUUAAUUUAAAAUUGAACAAUGGUUUGUCCAAAAAAUCGCCUUCCCUGAAAGUUCUAGUGGGGUAUUUGGGCUCGAUAAAACGACCCAUGAUAACAAAUUGUUCUAUGGGUUCUGUUACACAUCUGCACGUGAAAAAGAGCUCUUCAGUGUGGGUUUUAUUAGAGAUCGGUUCUUCGGGAAUCUAUGUCAGGAAUUCAAGCAAACAAAUCAUUAUGAUGAGCUCCCUAAAUUCCUUAGUAUACUUUGGCAUUUGCCGUGAGAACAAACAAAUUUUCGCUCUUUUUACAGCGGAUUUAAAUUCGAAUGCUUCGAACGAGUCGAUCGAUAACGAUGUUGCAAUUACAUCAGAUUGCAACUUAAAUUGUUCUUGUCAUGUAUUUGUGAUCAAACCCUGCUUUGUCCGUCAUGAAAACCACAAAAUAUUGAUGGAUAGUUUUCAGCUGCCGUGUGACCCCACGACCGGAAGCUGUCAGCGAUCCUUCCCUACGUCAAGCAACACAAUCCUGAACGCGCUCCAAGAUAUUUUACAACGAUCUUUGACGCAAAUCGCGUCCACGAACUUUGACUAUUCCAACGUAAAUUCCUAUGGGACCGAAGUUGAAAUUUUGCGGGAAUUAGGGGUUAUUACCCCUCAGGAAUUAAUUAAAAGUGAUCAUUUGUGUUCUUUAUUGGACGGUCAUAUAAAGUCACAGCAGGAUGGAAAGGAAGCCAAGCAAAUUCUGUGUCUUUAUUUACUACCUUUACACAGUGAGGCUAGUAUGAAAGAUAAGGAAACAGAUUAUCGUAAUAAAGAAGAUUACAACUUAGAGAUUUGUGGUAAAGAGCAGGCAGUAACUAUCCAGCAAUCUGGUUCUACAAUUCACACAUCACAUCAUAACAACAGCAUUACAACAUCAAGUGCAGAGAACACCAACAUGGCUGGCAGAGAGUUUUUCAAACCUCAUGAACAUGGAAAGGUUUCAAGAACUGGUCAUAAGACACUGAUUCAUCAACGGUCACAUUCUCUUGCUAGUAAUGUGAAGAAUGCACUACAAGCCCAAGCAGCAGCUGCUGCUGUGGUGGCUGCAACACAAACAGUUGAGUGCUAUAAUUCUCAAGACUUACAGAUUGGUAAUGGAGUUCGUCAACUUUACCAUGCAUCAUCAUCAACUGUGCUUGCUGGAAACACGAUCAAACCUCGUGCUGAGGGAAAGGUUGCAAGAUGGGCGGUUUCUUUUGAUCGCCUGUUGGAAGACAAAACUGGUUUAGACGUUUUCAGGAGUUUUCUGAAGAAGGAAUUCAGUGAAGAGAAUUUGAUAUUCUGGUUAGCGUGUGAGAAAUUCAAGACUCUUGAGGAUGAGAAGGAGCUGACGAGUAAAGCUAAAGAGAUCUAUGAAGAACAUCUAAAACCCUGCGCGAGUUUACCAGUGAACGUUGACUCAACAGCGAUCAAAGAUGUUGAGGGUAAUCUAGAAACACCAUCUUCAGAGUUGUUCUCAUCUCUGCAGUAUCAGGUUUAUACUUUAAUGAAGUUCGACAGUUAUGCGCGGUUUUUAAAAUCCGAGCUUUACCGUCAAUGUGUUGUGUGUGAGAUGGAGGGGAAGCCAUUGCCAGUUGUGAGCCAAGAGGAAAAGAAGGAAGAAGAGGAGGGAACGAGUACUUUGAAGAGAAUGUUCAGCAGCACAAAAGGAAAAGGUCGAAAGGCAGCCCCGAAAUCACAAACAAGCAUCGAGACUGACGAUAGUAAAAAGAAAUCGAUUCUUCCUUGGCGAGGGAGAUUGAAAAGUGACCAACCUAAACGACAUACAAAUCGCAGUUCUGACAGUCAAGCCAGCAGCACAAGAAGCUCUCUGUCAUCGCUAUCUGACUCAGUAUUUUCAUCCAACAUCACCAACUCAGAUGAGGCCCUCAAUGAUUCUGACGGCAAAGAACAAGCUCCACCGUCAUGUAAAGUUAUUUUACCAGACAGCUCGCUCAUGUAUCUAUUCUGCAAAAGUACACGAAGUUUAAAAGAGGGUCUAUCAAAGUUAUGCGAAAACAAGGAAUAUUCUCUACCGUCCCUAGAUGUAUAUCUCGCUGAUAGGAAAUUGACAAAAGAAGAUCUUCAGAAAAAGCUCACUCGAUUUAUCAACAAGGAAAUUAUUCUGAAGCAGAAAAUCCUUUUCAGGCUAGAGCUUCCUAAAGAUCGGACCAUUGGCAUCCAGGCUGACGAGGAAAAGAGCAUUGAAGAAAUUUUAGAACCGAUUCUUCAGCAAUCUGGUCUGGAUAUAAAAGAACACGACAUUUAUCUGCGCACGAGCAACGAGCCUCUCAGCACCAGUGCCUCAGUGUCGCUUCUUCAUCGACAACACGUGAUUGUGAGGGAAAAAUCAGUCAGUAGCAUUCCAAGCAGUGUGAAACCAGCGUUGACUGCUAAAGAACAUCUUGCAAAAGCGUACGCUCAAAACAGUCCAACCAAGUCGAUAACGGCGAUCGAUCACAAGGUAUUUGAAGGAAUCAUGACAGGUAAACGUCAGUCAAUGUCGGGGUUUCGUUUUGAUGAUACGGGCGUUUUUGUCCCCGUCGUUAAGUUGCAGUCCUCCGGCAGUCGAGAAGCUCUCACUGUAGCUGGCCAGGAUAAAAUCUCGCGGAGUCCAGCAUUGUUUCGGAAAACGAAGAGAAGUGUUCGAAGCGUGACACAAAGUACAUCAACAUUUCGCACAUACCUUCAAGAAGACAAGAAAAAUACUGAAGAAUUUUUUGUUCUCCUUCACCGCUCCCAGAACAGCCGCAUGGACGAUCAACGCGGGCUCCUCGAUCAUAAAAAAAUCCAACUACCAGAUUUCCUGAAAACUCACGAUGUACCAUCAAAGACGAAACCCAGUCCUUUUUCAGUUGGCGUUCCCUCCCCCCGGUCAGUACAUCAGCCAUUGCAGAAAACAACGUCGUCGCCCCCCAGUUACGCUACUUGGGUGAAUAAACUACGAGAAUCUCGACCAAAAGUUAUCAACGAGGGUUCCCGCGAAACUCUCUCAAGAUUUACACGAAAUUGGUCAGGUUCGGCCCAAGGCCGCGCAAAGGUUCACAUUGAAACGGUCACUGAAACUCAGACCAUAGAUCGGAAGCGAUUUUUCAAGAGUACACAAAAUGAAACCGCUGGCCGCUUACGAGCAGGAUCUUUGCCGUAUACUCAUCCUGAUGACCGCUGUUAUGAUCCAGCAGGCGUCAGUGAACUUAGAACUCGGAAUCGCUAUCAUUAUGAAAGCGAAACGUCGUUAAAUAACAACACUGAGGUGGUUUGGGUCUCCAACACAUUGAACAAGAAUCGCAUGCGUGCGUCAAAUAAAAUGGAUCGUUCAGGAGACGCGGGGUACGAAAGCACGACCGAUGACGAAGGUGGAAAUUUUCAAAAAACCGAAGUGAUUAUUCCUAAAGGAAUAACGAACGCUGAUCGCUUUGCCGUGUCGGGAAGUGUCGUACCUCUCCGUGAUCGCGCGGUUUCGGAGGGUCCGUAUUUUUGCGAGAAUAUGGCGACCGCUAGACGGCAUGUGCGCACGCUCGCCGAGCAGUCUGCAGCUCGCGAUUUAACUUCGGGUAACGAUCGUGGAGCGAUACUUGAUAAUUCCUUUUUACGAGAUGAACUAAAACCUUCGCGAUUAUUUUCCCAAUUAACCCCGGAGCAAGAUCCUCCUCCUGACACUUCGUCCCCAAGAAAUGGCACCCCUUUAAAGUGUCCUUUGUUUAUCCCCCCUGGAAACUCCUAUUCCACGGCAGAGCACCUCGGCCAAACAAACUCCGCGAUCAAUGAACGCGCCGUCGAACCCCGAGUUUGUUGGGAAGCGAGUGAACAAAAGAACGAGGAGGUGAAUGUCCGUGUCACGUUUGUGUGAAGUUACGUGAACACGCUGGAGAACGUUCACGAAUAACUUCAAAGAAUUAUUUUAACAAGAAUCUAAAAUGAAAUUUCUACAAAUCUUAUUUUCCAGAUAUAAUCUGUAACAAAUAUGACCAAUCAUGUCCUGUAAAAUAAU